CUUAUAGUCGCAUGAUGCGACUAUAAGACCUGAUAACUGAUGCGACUCGCAUCAGUUGUUGACAACGCACCACGCAUGUCGUACGCGCGCACUGCCCUGUUGUACGCGUGCGCGAUCGCCGCGGUUCACGCUGCGCCCGCGCUUCCCGCCAGGUCCGAUAAUAAAGGAUCGAAGAUGGUGCAAGAAGAGACGAUAGUGGUGCGAAGGCUGCCGAAUGCAUACUUCUAUCCGUUUAGUUUAUGGCCAUUACCGAAGUAUCAAGUUAGAGGAGUAAAACUGUUGGAAGCGAAUCCAGACGUCAAACGCCUGUAUGACGAUCUUCUGAGUAACUACAACCGUCUCAUAAGACCGGUGACCAAUGUGAGUGACAUACUGACUGUCAGGCUUGGACUGAAGCUGUCGCAGUUGAUGGAAGUUAAUCUGAAGAAUCAGGUUAUGACUACUAAUCUUUGGGUGGAACAGAAAUGGUUCGACUACAAAUUGCAAUGGAAUCCGGAUGACUAUGGUGGCGUUGAGAUGCUGUAUGUGCCAUCAGAACAUAUCUGGUUACCUGACAUAGUGCUCUACAAUAACUGGGAUGGCAAUUAUGAAGUGACAUUAAUGACGAAAGCCACUCUGAAGUACACUGGCGAGGUAAACUGGAAGCCGCCAGCGAUCUACAAGUCCUCAUGCGAGAUCAAUGUGGAAUACUUUCCUUUUGACGAACAGACUUGCUUCAUGAAGUUCGGCUCUUGGACUUAUAAUGGAGCUCAGGUUGAUUUAAAGCACAUGGAUCAGUCCCCUGGAAGCAGCUUGGUUCACGUUGGUAUAGAUUUGAGCGAAUUUUAUCUGUCAGUGGAAUGGGAUAUACUGGAAGUGCCAGCCACGAGGAACGAAGAAUACUAUCCAUGCUGCCCUGAACCGUUUUCAGAUAUAACAUUCAAGCUGACGAUGCGCCGAAAGACGUUGUUUUACACGGUGAACCUGAUCAUACCUUGUGUUGGACUUACGUUCCUAACAGUACUGGUGUUCUAUCUACCUUCGGAUUCCGGUGAAAAGAUAUCGCUCUGCAUCUCCAUCCUGGUGUCCCUCACUGUGUUCUUCCUUGGUCUGGCUGAGAUCAUUCCGCCAACAUCCCUGGCAAUCCCCUUGCUUGGGAAAUAUCUACUAUUCACGAUGAUACUCGUCUCGCUCAGCGUUUGGGUGACUGUUUGCAUACUAAACGUGCAUUUCAGGUCACCAUCAACUCACACUAUGUCACCGUGGAUGAAGAAGCUGUUCCUCCAGCUGAUGCCGAAGCUUCUGAUGAUGAGGAGGACUAAGUACUCGCUGCCAGAUUACGAUGAUACCUUCGUUUCCAACGGCUACACUAAUGAACUUGAGAUGAGCCGAGACAGUUUGACCGAUGCGUUUGGAGACAAAGACAAUGGUGAUUAUCGCAAAUCACCAGCUCCUGAGGAUGACAUGCUGUCUGCUGGUGGAGCUCAUCAAAGACCUUCAGUGACCGAGUCAGAGAAUAUGCUCCCUCGUCACCUGUCUCCUGAGGUGGCUGCUGCACUCAAGAGUGUGCGGUUCAUAGCGCAGCACAUCAAGGAUGCUGACAAAGAUAAUGAGGUGGUUGAAGACUGGAAGUUCAUGUCCAUGGUAUUGGACCGUUUCUUCCUCUGGCUGUUCACCAUCGCCUGUUUCGUCGGCACCUUCGGCAUCAUCUUCCAGUCACCUUCACUCUACGAUACCAGGGUACCAGUAGACCAGCAGAUAUCUUCCAUUCCUAUGAAGAAGAACAACUUCUUCUACCCCAAGGAUAUUGAGACUAUUGGAAUUAUUAGUUAAAUUAUUUGGUUGU